GAAUCCCUUCUUUAUUUCCGUCCUCGUCCACCACCGCAACCGACAGGCGGCCAUUGGUGUCUACGUCACUCCGGCCCCAGUCGACAGAGACAACAGCAGCAGCAGAAAAAUAAUGGCGCUUCGCGCGGCGGAGCUCCGGCGACUCCUCCUCUGCUCCGAAACGGUCCUCCCGCUUUCGCGCGCAUCGCUCGGCGAGCGGCAGGCGAGCACGGCCGCCCGUGACGGCGAGGGAGCAUCGGGCAACGCCUACGACGUUCUCGGGGUGGGGGAGACGAGCUCCUCCGCGGAGAUCAAGGCCUCCUUCCAUCGCCUCGCCAAGGAGACACACCCCGACGUCGCUGCCGCCGCCGGUUCCCGCCGCUUUCUUCAGAUCCUCGCCGCCUACGAGAUCCUAUCCGAUUCACAGAGAAGGGCUCACUACGAUAGCUACCUGCGUUCGCAGAGGCUAGUUCUGCACAAGCAUCCCAGGCCAUCGCAACAUGUAUAUCCAGGUAGUUCAGGCGUUGUGGUGUCUAGAGAAAGUAAUGUUGUGGAGUGGCUAAAAUGGUAUAGGCUUACCAUUGAUGACAUUGUUACAAAAAAGAGGAUUGCAACGGGCUCAGGUUAUUUUGAUAGGCUUGAAAGUGAGCUGUACACCGCAAUCCACGCUGCAUACUAUGGCCCCGAAGUCGAGUCCAUGGAUCUCCUUCCUGACUGCUUUGAAGCAGACGAAAGGUCUGUAUAUGACACCUCUGAGCUAUUGCACCUUGUAUCGGGCCGUGCUCUGUUUGGCAUUGUUCGUCUAGCUGAUAGCAUCCAAGAGCUGUCAGAUGCUUGUCGUGAGAAGCUGACACCUUCUGGUUUUGGAACUUAUGGGGUCACUCCAAAUGAUUCAGUAAACAUGGAGAAAGACUCAACACAUAUUCACAAGCAAGAGAAUGAGAGUAGUGAUAGCCCUCCAUCAGAUGCAUAUAAGGAUAUCGAAGUGCAAAUCUGUGGGAGAGUAGUGGCUGCUGCAAAUAGGAAGGUCAAGUGCAAUUGCAUUGAUAAAUCAAACUCGGAAGAUCACAUACAUGUGUUUCUUGUUCCUAAUGAAGUGGUUGCAUCUGAUCUUGCACAAGAGAAUUUUCUCCUUGGAACCAUCACUGGGUUGGCCACCACUGGGGAGGAAGGAUCUUGUUGUGUCUAUGAUGGCCAUGGAAUAAAGACCCAUGUAAUUGUUAAACAUAGGACACUGAUGGUUAAACAUAUGCACUGGUAUCAAGUUGGAGAUGAAGUUUCACCCUGUGAAUGUCGAUGCAGCAGGGCUUAUUUGCCACCUAGCAGGUAUUGGCUUUUUGAGCCGCGUUGUUACAUGCAUGACACUGGUGGUUGGUACAUCGAGACGUUUGGGAGAGACAAGAAAGGGAGGACGAUUCCAUCACCAAGACAGUGGGAUGGUUUCAACGAACAUUCUGAAAAGAGAUUGCAUCCAGCACUGUAUCUGGUGGCUCUGGCAUACAGAUCUUUAGAUCUUGAAGAUGCUCGAAGAAGAAAAUGGAGCAUCAGGAACUUCCUGGAGCUGCAGUUAUCUCAUAUUUGUCAGUUGAGCAAAACAUUCUUAAAUGGAGAAAAAAGGUGCUGACAUGAGAAACCAUGAAAGAUGAGCAGCAGUUUCAGGCAAACCAUUUUAAUGCUAUCAUCCUAUUGGGUGAGGGGAUGUGGAGCUAAGAAGAGACUGGAGGAAGUUUGAAUCAAUGGUACAAUUAAUUGCAUGAGAAUAUGAAGAGGGAGGCAAAGUAGCUUUUUGUUCCUUUCGCCUAUUUUGUCUCUAAAAGGCUUCAUGUACAAGUAAAAAGAAACAGAGGUAGUAUUUGAUACCCUUUUUGACAAUUUCGUUAAGCUGUGAUAACAUACCUUACUGGCUCUGCCAAUCCUAUCCUUUAGAAGUUGUGUCCGUGUAGCACUGUGUCAGUGGAUAAGGAAUGAAGGACAUAAUGCAGCUCUGUACAAAUGAUCACCAGAAUUUCCGGGGCUCUUCACUGUUCUGUAUGGGUGAUGUAGGACCACCGGUUAACAGUGUUACCAUGCUGAUGGCCAAUUACACAUCGUUUGGCAUGAAAUGGCUGAUCAUAUGAUGCUAUGCUCUGUCAUCACUUCAUCAGAGUGUGCGUGUCUCCAAUGGUAGGGAGCGAGGGACAAUUUACCGCUGUAUUGUUUGGCUUACUUGAGUGGUUUUCAUCUGCUUGACAUAUUGAUUUAGCAACUACAGCAGUAGAGAACAGGUGGCGGCACCAGCUAAAGAUGAGACAUGAAGCUGAUGCGGAGUUGGCAUUAACAUCCCAAGGAAAACCUGGCGGAUUUGGUACGGAGUUGCACAUUCCUUGCUAUACUGUUAAUGUUUGACUUAUUAAAUUGAGCUCUACUUGAUGAAAAACUGCCUUUUCUCCAUCCGGGUACACAUGGUCUGAAUAAAUUAUUCACCUUCAGUUCUUCGGUACAAAAGAGUAUCUCAACAUGAUUGUUUUGCCAAUUUCUGGUUUAACCAUUGUGUGGGAUUGUAGACCAUUGACUAAGCACUUCGCCCCGCUGAUCUAUCUGGUUAUAUACUUUAUCUGUCUGGCUUCACGGGCGAUAGGCUGGCAAUACAAAGUAGAGCUCUUUUGUACCCCAAGAUUAAUAUGAACUAUUCAUUUUCUCUGA